AUGGUCUGGAAACUAGGCUUCAAGUCCGCGCCUUUGUCGAGCAAGCUGAGCCUCGCGCUGUUGCAAGCAGCAGCAGUCCUCAGCAAUUCAAUUCAAUCGCAAAGUCUCCCCUACGUGCUGCUGAAGUUGGGCUCAGCAUUGAUGUACGGUAUAAAUAAGCGUGCGGUUCCAGCCGUACUGCUACCAACCAUCUCCCCCAACUCACAACCACUCUCGCCACCACCUCCCCAUCCCAUCCCCUCCCAGACCCUAGCAGCUACUCCAGAACUCUUAGCUCAGGUCUUGGCAGACGAGCACGACGAGUGGGCUAUGCCCGCUGUCCCGGACGACUUCGACCUGGACACCACUUCUAUGGAGAACCUCGAGGUGGGCGCGGCCUACCUAGUGGAAUCAGGUGAGAUGUCACCGGAGGAAGCCGAGGAGUUGCCUUGGCACAGCGCAGGAGGCAUGUUCAGCAGGCACUGGACGCUCUUCCCCACCCGACCGCCCCCACUGCGACACCGAGCCAAGAUGGCGAACCUGAGAGCUGCACAAUCUGUCAAGAGGAACUCUUUCAAGUUGGCCGACCUGUUGUCCAGCUCCCAUGCCAUUCUUCCCACCUUUUCCACCAAGACUGCCUCCAACCCUGGAUCGAGCAGAACUCAACAUGCCCACUCUGUCGCGUUGUAG